AUGGCUUUCCCACCGGAAGAUAUAUCAAUAAUAGUUCAAGAAAUAGCAACAAUAUUAAGAUCUAGAAAUCAAACUUUAUCUAUAUCCGAAGCAGCAUGUGGUGGUUUAAUCUCAGCGUAUUUAGUAUCAGUGCCAGGAGCAUCUGAUUUUUAUAUUGGUGGAAAAUUAUUAUAUUCUUUAAGAACUAGAUUGAAACUUUCAGGUUGGUCAGAUACAGAAGUUAGUAAUUACAUGGGUCCAAGUGAGCAAGUGGCUUUAAAAUUAGCAAGAACUACCAAAUACGAAUUAGGUUCAACUUAUGUAUUAUCAGAAACAGGAUUUGCUGGUCCUUCAACUGAUUUACAUUUAAGAAAUGGAGAUUCCAAAGAUGAUGAAGAAAAUGAUGAAAAAGACACAAAUUUAGGCGUUGGUACUGUUUAUAUAGGAUUUACAGGUCCAAAUGGUGAUGCUUGUUCAAGUUUUCAUACCGGAAUCACCGAUAGAAGUGAGAAUAUGGCGGAAUUUGCUAAAUUGGGAUUAUCAUUCUUAUUAGAUCAAUUGAAACAAGAACAAAAACUGUAA